AUGGAGUUUAGUUUUCAAUACGUUCCUCAAAAGGCUGUAAAGGGUCAGGCCUUAGCAGAUUUUCUUGCUGAUCAUCCAUGCGUGGAUAUCGGCGAUGAGUCUGAGUUAAGUCUGAACGCUCUUGAGAUAUCACUUACUCCUUGGACACUGCUCUUUGACGAAUCAAUGACUCAGCAAGCCUCAGCUGAAUACGAAGCAGUUGUUAUAGGCCUUGAGAUCCUAAGAGAUCUAGAGGCCAGAGAAGUAAAGAUUAUUGGGGAUUCAAACCUCGUAAUCAAUCACUUGGCUGGAGCGUUCAAAUGUUAUAGUGAGGACUUGGCUCCUUAUUAUAUGGCAGCAGUGCAAUUAAUCCAAGAUUUUGAUAAUGUCACGGUCAAACACGUCUCAAGGAGUAUGAACACUGAAGCCAACAGCUUGGCUCUGGCCUCUACAGGUGAAGAAUCAGAUAAUGAACCAGAAAACGAUUGGCAUACACCUAUUAUUUCCUUCCUAAAGAGGCCUCAUCACAGAACUUCUAGAAGGUGUUUAGGGCACCCCGAGGCCAUGAGGGUCAUGAGUGAAGUCCAUGAAGGAAUCUGUGGCGCCCAUCAAUCUGGAAAAAAGAUGAGAUGGCUAAUCAGAAGGUAUGGAUACUAUUGGCCAACCAUCUUAGAGGAUUGUAUUCGUUUUGCUAAAGGAUGUCAACCUUGCCAAGCCCAUGGCCCAAUUCAGUGUGUUCCUGCAGCUGAUUAUCAUGCUGUGGUCAAACCUUGGCCAUUUAGAGGUUGGGCCCUUGACGUAAUUGGGAAAAUUUAUCCGCCCUCUUCAGGAAAUCAUACUUACAUCUUGGUGGCCACGGAUUACUUCACCAAGUGGGCAGAAGCGGUGCCAUUAAAGUCUAUAGAUCAACAAGAGCAAAAUAUUAUUAUCUCCAAUUCUACUCCUUAUUACGCACAAGGAAAUGGCCAAGCUGAAUCCACCAACAGGACUCUUGUCAAUAUUAUCGAGAAAAUGGUAGAAGAUAAUCCAAAGGCCUGGCACGAAUUGCUUUCUGAGGCCUUAUGGGCCUACAGAACCUCAAAGAAGGAAGCCACCAAUAUAACUCCUUAUAUGUUGGUAUAUGGGCAUGAUCUAGUCCUACCAAUGGAAGUAGCAGCAAAGUCAGCAAGAAUAGCAUAUCAAAAUGGCCUCACUCCUGCAUACUAUACUCAGGCCAUGCUGAUGGAGCUUGAGGACUUGGACGAGGUUAGGCUUGCAGCUCUCGAUCAUAUGUUGGUUCAGAAAAGAAGAGUCACUAGAUCAUAUGACAAACGUGUAAGGAAAAAGAGCUUUACUGAGGAUGACUUGGUUUGGAAGGCAGUCUUCCCCUUAGGGGAAAAGAAUCCAAGAUAUGACAAGUGGUCUCCAACCUGGGAAGGACCGUACCAAAUUGCUCAAGUCCUUAGAGGUAAUGUUUAUCUUCUUAUGGACCUAAAUGGUGGUUUAUUUAAGCAUUUAACAAAUGGAAAGUACCUAAAGCAUCACUAUCCUACUAUGUGGGAGAUGAGAGACUUUGGAGAAAUUCAAUCUACCAAACCAUAA